AGUGAACAAGUGAAUGAUUGGGACACAGAGAACAGCAUUUGCAGCUGAACCUUCUCCCAUGUUGCUCCCUCCUCUCGGGGAAUGGCCAAGGUCCAGGAUGGACACACUAACGCAUGUGAAAGCACUGACAUGUUAGAGGAGAGCCAGGAUGGUAUGGACAGUGGAACCCUAAGUCCUCCCUCAGCUCGACAGGUUACCAUCAAGCGUCACCCAACUCAAGGCUUCGGCUUCAUAGCAGGCAGUCAGAGGCCUGUCAUUGUUCGCUCCGUCUCUGCCGACGGCCCCUCCUUUGGAAAACUUCUCCCUGGAGACCAGAUCUUGGCCAUAAACGAAGAGACGGUGAGCGACGCUCCCCGAGAGAGAGUCAUAGACCUUGUAAGACGCUGCAAAGACACCAUAGUGCUCAGUGUGCUGCAGCCCCAUCAGUCACCAAAGUCUGCCUUCAUAAGUGCAGCCACAAAGGCCCGCCUGCGAACCAAUCCUCCUAAAGUGCGCUUUUCAGAGCAAGUGUCGAUCAGCGACCCGGACUCAACAAUGCUUAAGGACGACUCCUUGCUACUCAUACCAAAUGUACUGAAGGUGUUCUUGGAGAACGGACAGAUUAAGUCUUUCACGUUCGACAGCCGCACCACUGUUAGGGAUGUGAUCUCCUCCCUGCAGGACCGCCUCUCUUUGCGCUACAUUGAGCACUUUGCUUUGGUGCUGGAGGCAGGUGGGCUGGACCAGAAUCAGAAGUUGCAUCUGCUGCAGGAGAACCAGCCACUGACACACGUGGUGCACAGAACCUAUUUCCAGGGGAUGAAGUGUCUGUUCCGUGUGUGCUUCUUCCCCAAGGACCCCGCAGACCUGUUAAGAAGGGACCCUGCUGCAUUUGAGUACCUCUAUAUACAGAGUCGCAAUGAUGUUAUCAAGGAGCGCUUUAGCAUGGACUGGAAAUCUGACGUCAUGUUGCGACUGGCCGCGCUCCAUAUCUACAUCACUGUGUCCUCUGCAAGGCCUAAUCAGAAGAUUUCGCUCAAACAUGUUGAAAAAGAGUGGGGGCUAGAACCUUUUCUCCCACUCACUCUACUUCCCACAGUGAAGGAAAAGAAUGUGUGUAAAUCUCUGUCUCAGCUGCUGAAGACAUACCAACAUCCACCUCCAUCGGGGAAUAAGGUUCCUCCACUCCAAGGAAAGCUACAGUACAUGCGAAUACUCAACGACCUUCCACCAUUUGGUGGAAUACUGUUUCACACUGUGGGACUGGAUGAAAAACAGUCUGCUACAACAUUACUGGUGGGGCCUCGACAUGGCAUCAGUCAUGUAAUUGACCUGAAAAACAACCUCACAACGGUUCUGGUUGAAUUUAGCAGGAUUUCCAAGGUGCAGCUUUAUAGAGAGAGUCAAGGAGUGGCCCGUGUUGAAAUAUCAAUCCAUGAGGCCAAGCCUCUGGUUUUACUCAUGGAAUGGCCUGAUGCCAGUAACUUUGCGUGCCUCAUCUCUGGCUACUAUAAGCUAUUUGUAGACCCUAAACGAACCAUCUAUGUUCGAAACUUUGGUCAAGCUCAGCUGACCAAACCAGAUUACAGAAGUUCCCACCAUCCUCACCCACGAGCUGGGGCAGCUGGAUUGCAAAGUGGAGGGCGGCGAGGGGAGGAGAGGGAAAGUUCGCACAGAGAGUCAGGAAGUUCAAGACCUAUGGUUCCUGCAGAACCUCAACAUCUAGGCUUGUGUCACGUCCACCUUAGAGAGCAGCAGCAAUUUCAGGAGCUCCAAGUGCACCAAGAAGCUGAACUUGACAUCAACGAGAACUUUAUUUCUCAUGAGCCCCCUGGUCGAGCCCGUACCAAAUCAGAUCCCACACAGGAGAGUACAGAGGAAAUAGCUGGGGUUUUAGAGAGCCCGGCUGUGGAGAACACAGGAUUUCGAGUGAGAGCCCAAACAAUGGGUCAAUCAAAGAAAACCUCAAGGUACUUCUGUGACUCCUGCAAAGCCAGGCUGAGGGCCGAAGGUCACACAGCGGUUGCAAACAGCAGUGGGAGCUCUGGGCGUCAUUGCUCCAGUGCCUGUGCCUCUCGAGAUGGAGGCGCUGUGGACCUCAUGGCUCUCCCACCUCCUGGAAAUGAAGAAGAGGAGGAGGCAGACAAUGGUGGUGAAAAAUUGCAACCACCACCACCAGCUAUUGCUGCACCACCACCUGGCUUCAGGGAUAAUAGUUCUGAUGAGGAUGAUCCAAAGAGAGCAAAGAAGGCACGAUCAAGCGCUAGUGUUGAGGUUGCCACAGGAAAAGUCACACAGACUAAAGAAGAUGUGCCUGUGACACUGAUUGAUAACGUAGCCACAAGAACCGUUCGAGAUCAUGCCCAGGAGCUCGAUGAUGCUCUGGUGUCCACCUUGCAGGCGCUUGAGGCUUUGGCAGCCUCCGAGGACUACCCACAUCACCCUCAACAACCAACACAGACUGCAGGUUUGAUUGUUUUAGCUGCAAUAACACCUGAGUCAUCAUUGGAUUCAGGUCAUGAGACCAACUCCUCUGAGUUGACAGAUGUCUCGGAGAUGGUGUCAGCAAUGAAGCAAAACCAGAACCAGGCAUAUCUCCUAGCUCACCAUAUCAACAAGGAGCGUAUUCUCUGCCGUCGUGACUUUCCCAUGGCUAUUCCUGGUUGCACAGCAAAAGCUAUAGGGACUGGAGCCUUCACUGUGGGUCAGAUCCGUGCUGGUUGCCCACCAAAGCAAGUAAUCCUUAGCAAGACUGUUCCCUUUAAAGUAAGCCCUGCCCAAGAUUCAGCAAUACUUAGGGUGGUGACAGAACAAGGUGCCAAUCAAGACAGAUCUCAAACUGAACAGAGAGCAGAGUUAAAAUCAAUCUCUGAGUCUGCCAAAGCAAACCCCACUGACUCUGAUUCUAAGCCAACAGAAGAACCUAAAAAAGCUGACAUGUCACUGACAGUUCAAGUCUGUACAGAUCAGAAAUUAUCCAACUCUUCAGAAGUAACUCCAACUCAAAAUCUUUCAGAUGGUGUGAAGAUUAAGACAGCAGCACCUCUUACUGUAAAUACAAUAAACAAAGCCUUACCUAAAAUUUUGCCUGUGGACACAAGUGUCUCUAUCAAAACCACCCCAACUAAUAUGUGCCAAGAAACCAAGACUGCCUCCAGUGAGACCAUGAAGCCUUCAAGCUCUACAGAACUUCUGCCGGUGGAUGACCUUUUCUGCACAUGUCCAGUAAAACAGGAGCCUGCACCUCAACUAAGACUAAAAGACCCACAGGUUCAAAAGAUAGUUGUGUUUCAGUCAUCCUCUCCGACAGAUGAUGAGCGUCUUCGAGCUAAGGGCCUCCAGUUGGCUAAUAAUAAAGAAAAUGCUGCAAGAGUAGGAGCAGAUCCUAAUUUGGCAAAACCAAGUCCUCAAGUGCAAAGCAAGUUAUCCCCUCAUUUGGCUGGAAAGGUAGAGAGGAAGGAAACAUCUGAAAACAAGACUGAGGAAGCCCUGGGAAAAACCAGCACAGAGUCGCAGAAUCAGAAAUGCACCAUAAAAUCCUUACCUAUUUUAGAUGAUCUAACAACUCCAAGUCUCAAUGUGGAAAAAGUAUCCACUCUUCCAGCAAACGACUCAAAGAAGCAGGGUACUGGUAAGAAGUCACAGCGCAAUGCUCCUUUCUUGAGCUUUAGAAACCUACUUUCAGCAACAUUUCCUGCAAGAAUGAGAAGAGAGACAGAUGAGAGAAGGGCACAGCUACAAAAAGUCCGCCAGUAUGAGUUAGAGUUUUUAGAGGAACUGCUGAAACCCAAGUCAUCACAAGGUGAAUUUAUACCCCAAGGGUCUUCUCCUGUUCCAUCAGGUACUCCUUGUGCCUGCCAACUCCGUACCAGUCCUGUCCUUAAAGCACCGGGAAUCUCCAGAGAGCAGCGGCGCAGUUGUGACUGUAAAAGAAUGUGCAGGGGUAUGCGACUACCUGACACACCAGUGGGAACCACUACAGAGACACAGAAUCGAGGCAGAGAGAGAACUAUCUCAAAGACCCCUCCAACAGUUUCAAAAGCUCCUCAUGCUGAAGGUGCCACAAGGAGACCUCAAAAUCUAGAGAUAAAGACAACAAGAAUCCGAUCUACCAGUCUUGAGUCAAGAGAGCCAAGGGGAAACCAAAGCUCUUGUUUGCCAACUUGCACUUCUCAAACCGAUUGCAUGGGAGCUCCACAAUACAAAAAGCUUCAAAGACGAUACAGUUUUGGAGAGCUGGACAAUAGUUCGAGCACACCUGUGUAUGCUGAAGUGAAGCCAAAAGCCAAAAGUCUGGAAAAAGAAAUGGAAAGAGUGAGGGCCACGGGGCUGAGGCUACCGACUCCUGUCGAGCCGAUUCACACUCAGUCUCACCAGGCAGAGGCGAAAGGGAAAAGGGGUGUCUUUUUUAUUCAGGGAGAGGAACUGCUACGAGAUACUAAAGAGGGGACUGGGGAGGUUCUGCUCACAUUGCCCAGUGAAGACAGCGAUGACAAAGAUAAAUGCUGCUCAUUUUGUUUCUGUUACAGGAAGUGUGAAGCUGCAGAUGAAAGUAGUGACAAAGAUGAACUCUCAUACUCCAUACCCCUACAAGUCCUCCCAGGCAUGGAGGUGGACUCUCGUACCUUUCCUGUUGUGAGCAAAACACUCCAGGUCCUAAAUGCAGAGGAUUGCAGUGGGGAAGAAGAGGAAGAGGAGGAGGAGGAACCGCAGACACAAGAUAUUGAUCUAAGAACAUGUGGCACACUGGAGGGAAGCCUUGCACGUGUACAGGCUUUACAGGGGAAAAGUUUCAGUUUACCGGAUGGUUUUCUAAACGCUCAGCUGGAUGCUAAUGAGUUGCUAGCUAUUCUUCGACAAUGUGCUAACAGCCCACAGGCUGAAGGUGAAGCACGGCUUCAGUCCUCACGGAUUGCUGAAUACAAACAGGAACUGGCAGUGCGGUUCAAAGAGUUCAGGGCAUCAUGUCGGCGGGUGGCAAGUGUUGAAAAAAGCCCAACAAGAAUGCUUGCUGUUGUUUCAGACAGCUUCCAGGUGUUGUGCGAACUAACUCAGACCUUCAUCAAACUGGUUCGAGGAGUCCGCUCGGAAGCACAGAGGCUACAGUUGUUGAGAAAAGUGGAAGAAGUUGCAAUCAACUACACCUUGCUUCUUCGUGCAGCAGAAGAGUCCAUGGGGCACUCAAGCAGUUUGCCAACAAAGACAAUGAGCCCACAGAUUUUCUCCAAUACCAGUAAUAUGAGCUCACUUACACGACCCAUUAAAACUCUGCCUACCCAGUAGAAGUAAAUCUGGCAGGAACAUGGGUAGCUAUGUUAUCCAAAUUCAUCAUUUAUUUAGCGUUUACAAUUUUUUACUAAAUCUGCAAUGAAUCAUCCUCAGUAAAAAAUGCAAGUAUUUCAUCCCAUGUUUACAGGUCCUGAGGUAGCCUUGUUUUGAAAAAAGAAAACAGAGAUACACCAAACUAAUGCACAAUGGAGUAAGAACUCUUCAGCAGAAUGGGUGAUACAGGGCUAAUCACCUCAUAUGAACAUUCACAAUACAUUAUAUAUAAAUAUAUAUAUAUAUAUAUAUAUCAUUCUAGUGAAAUAUUUUAUACAUAUAUAUGUAAUAUGUAUAUUUUAGUUGUGUCUAUAUAGCAAAUGAUAUUAAGUUUGUGAAGAAAUUAAAUAAUAAAUAUAUUUAAAAUAUACAGGAUGAAUAUAAUUAUGAGAUUGAUGAUACAUCAGGAGCACAGGUAUAUGCUUUGGACAAAUACAGUUCUGUGAUCUUGACUGCAGGGACUUCGAUAAACUGAAUAGUCCAAAUGGUUUGGUUGGUUAGGAUUUGGUGUGUUUGUAGAAUUUGUUACCUGUUGUAAUGCAAAAAUGAUCUCUGUUGGCUGUCCCGGCGAUGUGUGGCAUAUGAAUAUGAUCCAAAAUGCAAGUGAAAAAGUUGCAGUGAACAAAAAGUGUUUCAACAGGCUGUACUGUUGGUCGCGGCCCCAUUCUAUCAUUUUUUAAACAGCAGGUAUGGAACAAAAAAUUUAGAUGCAGAAAAUGUAGCAGAGACCCAAGUCACAGUUUUAUCCACUGUACAUUAAUGAGUGCAAUGACAUCACUCAGCUACUGAAAUACUUUAACACCUUAUAAUCUGUAACACAAAUUGUGUACUUUACACCCUUUUCAAUUUAUAACUCACUUGCAUCUCACUGAUUGUUAAUCAUAUAGACAAAUACCUUCACUAGCAAGUGAGUAAGCCUGUGACUAGGAUUUUGCACAACCUCAAAAUGAUUUCUGAAGUCAAAGUGUAUCCUUAAAUGUUUACAUAUGUGUUUCUGAUUCAUCCUGCUGCUGAAAACUUUACUUGAGUCAACAUUACAACAGUUCUUUUCCUUAAUGCUAAUGCUGACCUGUUUCAAAUAACUCUUUAAUUUUUAUUCAUAUUUUCAGAUACUGCACACUAAGAUAUGCUUUCUAUGUGCUGUUACACAUUGUGCAAUCUAGCAAAUAUUUAAACACACAAAGUAGUUUUCUAUGUAUUUUAAUAAAACUAACACACCAUUUGCUGUCUGAAAUCUUUAUUUGUCUCAGAUCUUCUUGUUUUAAGGGGGAAUUUAUCACAGAUGCUUUAUCCACUUGUUUGCCUGUAAUGUAUAGUGGAUAGGCUGGUAAAAGAAAGUGCUAUAAAAGCCAAAUUGUUGGUCGAAAUUUAUAAAGCAAAAGGGUACAAAUUAAUAUUUUAACAAAAAUCCACAAAAUUAUUCUCAUAGAUUUUAUAACAACCUGGUGAGAAAAGAUGAGUAUAAUGCUAAUUUAGGUAAAAGAAAAGGAGUUAAUAUCAGUAACAAAUGUUACUUUUAAGAUAUUCUAUCCCUAAAUUUAAAACUCCUGAAUCUAGUGAAUCAGGCAAUAAAACUAAAAUAUGUUUUAGAUUAUACCAAUGCUAACAGGCACUCUCUUUUAACAGUGUUUCCUCCAAUGCUAAAGCUGCGUUUUCAUAACCGUUAUGUAAAGUUGUUUUGUUUUAGUUUUUUUCUCAGUGUACAAUUUUUUCUUCUUACUUGCAACCUUCAGGGACACGUAUGUUGGAGCACGAUUAAACGAUAAUAUAGAGAUUUUUUUUUAUUUUAAAUAGAAAAUGCAAGACAAAACCGAAAAGGGGAAUCAUGUUCACAAUUAGCAAGUGGUGUUCUAGAUGGAAGUGAAGAGAUUUACAAACAGAUGUAAAUAAUAUGGUAACAAAUCUGAGAGAAUAACAACUACUUUUAAAUUAAUUCUUAUUAAUUUAAAAUUUAUUUCAGCCCCUAAGUGUUUUGUAAAUAGGAUGUUUGUGAGGUUAUCAUUUACAGUGUCAAUGUAAUAUACAGACUAAUAGUAAAAGAAAAAAACAUAUAUUUUGAGGAAUAUUAGAAAAUAGCAUGAGACAUGUUUAUUUUUAUAAACAAUAAUAUCAGACAAUGUUUCCUCAUCAGCCGAAGAACAUUUAAGCAUUACAAGAAACAUUUUCUGUGUUUAUCAUUGUUUUUGUUGCUUUGUGCUCCAGGUCAAUUCGUCCCUUCUCCAUUACGAUCCCCCAACAUGCACCUACAUUUAACUACUGUAUCAUGUAUAAAAAAAUAUAAUUGGUAAAUCAGUAUUUUCAUAAAUAAUUACAAUUAUGCUCAUAACGUACUGUACUUAGAAUUGUAUUUAUGAGAUCUUGCAUAUAUUUAUAAACUAGCCAAUUGUUUUUUAACGUGGUUCAGAUCCCAGUUGAAUUUUUAAAGUCAACAGAUUAGGAUCUUUAGUCGAAGCUUCCAUUAGUAGAUAUUAUUUAUAGUCAAAUAACAGUUCCUUAUAGUAGACUGGGUGUUGAUAACAGAAAACCACCUUGACUUGUUUGCUGCCAAAAGGAGAAUAUUCUUUUAUGCAAGGAUGGGAAUUAACAUCCAGUGGCAGAUGGCUCCUUUUCAUACCCAAGAAGUUAAACACAAACGACAUAAUAACAAAAUGGGAAGGGGUGAAAUGACCAGCAUUGUGCCAAAUUGAUUACUCUGUGUUUCAUUCACAUAAUGAUGGCCACCAUGACUUGUUCUUUUAUUUUUUAUUUUGUGCACUUAUUCAUUCUUGUCUUUAUUCACUGUCAAUGAUCUUGUCGUCACUGUGGUCUUCUGUCUGUGUACAAAGUUUAUUCAUGUUUUAAGAGCAAUAAAGAAUAU